CGGCACUAUGCAGAUGCGAAGCAAGUGGAUCGCAAAAUCACAAAAUGUUGGCGAAAUAAGUUCGCGAGCGUCUCGAACGUAACCGGUUACCUUAAAUACGAAAUUGUCCAAAUUCCAUUUGCAUUUCGCUGAAGUUAAGCGGCGGAGUGUUUGGGGAAAAUGGCGCAACCGCCGCCAGAUCAAAACUUUUACCAUCAUCCGCUGCCCCACUCGCACACACAUCCGCACUCUCAUCCGCACCCGCAUUCGCACCCACAUCAUCAACAUCCGCAGCUCCAGUUGCCGCCACAAUUCCGGAAUCCUUUCGAUCUGCUUUUCGAUGAGCGAACGGGUGCGAUUAACUACAACUACAUACGUCCGUAUCUGCCGAAUCAGAUGCCCAAGCCAGAUAUGUAUCCCCCAGAGGAGCUGCCCGACUCCCUGGUGAUGCGGCGACCACGGCGCACUCGCACCACCUUCACCAGCUCCCAGAUCGCCGAGCUGGAGCAGCAUUUUCUGCAAGGACGUUACCUCACGGCCCCCAGAUUGGCGGAUCUGUCGGCCAAGUUAGCCUUGGGCACUGCCCAGGUGAAGAUAUGGUUCAAGAACCGUCGGCGCCGUCACAAGAUCCAGUCCGAUCAGCACAAGGAUCAGUCGUACGAGGGAAUGCCCCUCUCGCCGGGCAUGAAACAGACCGAUGGCGAUCCUCCCAGCCUGCAGACGCUGAGUUUGGGCGGAGGAGCCACGCCCAACGCCUUGACCCCCUCGCCUACGCCCUCGACGCCCACAGCGCACAUGGCGGAGCACUACGGCGAGUCCUUCAAUGCCUAUUACAACUACAAUGGGGGCCACAACCAUGCCCAGGCCAAUCGCCACGUGCAUGGUCAGUAUUCCUCUGGACCCGGAGGACCUGGAUCUGGACCCGCCGCCAAUGGCGGCCAGUUCUUUCAGCAGCAGCAGCAGAUCCUUCACCACCAGCAGCAGCUGCACCACCAGACCAACCAUGUGCCACAUCAGAUGCAGCAGCAGCAGCAACAGCAGGCUCAGCAGCAGCAGUACCACCACUUUGACUUCCAGCAAAAGCCAGCCAACGCCUGUCGCGUCCUGGUCAAGGACGAACCGGAGGCCGACUACAACUUCAACAGCUCCUACUACAUGCGGUCGGCGAUGUCUGGCGCCACCUCCGCAUCCGCUGUGGCCCGCGGCGCUGCUUCGCCCGGCUCCGAGGUCUACGAGCCAUUAACACCCAAGAAUGACGAGAGUCCCAGUCUGUGCGGCAUCGGCCUCGGCGGACCGUGCGCCACCGCCGUUGGCGAGACGGAGGCGGCCGACGACAUGGACGACGGAACGAGCAAGAAGACGACGCUUCAGAUCUUGGAGCCUUUGAAGGGUCUGGACAAGAGCUGCGACGAUGGCAGCAGCGACGACAUGAGCACCGGAAUGAGGGCUCUGUCGGGGACCGGUAGUCGUGGAGGAGCGUUUGGCAAGUUUGGCAAGCUUUCGCCCCCACAUGGGCCACAACCGCCCCUGGGAAUGGGAGUGGGCGUGGCCAUGGCCGAAUCGAACCAAUAUCAAUGCACGAUGGAUACGAUAAUGCAAGCGUAUAAUCCCCAUCGUAACGCCGCAGGCAACUCGCAGUUUGCCUACUGCUUCAAUUAGCCUGGACAAGCGGCGUCCCAGAGAGUUUUAUUAGCUUUAGCUUAACCACUGUUGUUCCUGAUUGUACAAAUACCAAGUGAUUGUAGAUAUCUACGCGUAGUAAGUUAGAAUUAGGCUUAAGAUGAUUGUAAAUUGUUUAAUGUACUAGCCUAGUCAGCGGGCGACAUGCAUUUCGGUGUCUCUUCUAGUGAUGCUUUAUUUAUGUCAAAAACUUUUCCUGCAAUACGCUCUUUGCCCCGCUUGCUUCUGGCAGUAUGUUCCACUAAAGCCCAGGAAUAUGCAGCCGGAUCCAUUUGGGGCCUUAUGGGCUUGAACGUAUUCCAGGGAAAGUUAUCCAACCACAAUUAAAUUCCUCACCAGCAAGAAAAUCAUUUCUGGAACAAUUUGGCAUAGCUAAAAACUGUACUAAUCGAAAUGAAAAAUGUUUCUCUUGGUGGUAAUCAAUACCAACGAUUACCUCUUAAAGAUUGAACAUUUAAACAAUAAUAUUCGAUAUGAUAUUUUCAAUUUCUAUGCUAUGCCAGAGUGUCUGACAUAAUCAAACAUUUGCACAUUCUUUCAACGAGAAUAGUCAGCAAAUUGUCUUAUCAACAAAUGCAGACCACAUGUUCUAGUGUCACUGAUUUAUUUCCUGCCUACGGAAUUAGUUACUUUCCCAUUUAUUUUAUUUAAAUCACUGCAAGUUACAUUGAAAUGUGUUUAGCCUAACAUUUACGGUGCACCUUUGAUUUUGUCUUUUAAGUUUUAUGUAAAUCUAUAACGGAAUAUACUAGAACUUCUUCAAUCGAGUAAA